GUGAUGUACUGUUCGAGCUCCUACAGUGUGUAAAGCAGCAGAGAAGGGAGGUCUCCACAGGCCACACAACUCCACCCAUCCUGACCCUCACCGAGCCCCCUCUCAGUCUCAACAAACUCCCCUCUACUAAAUACACCCAGCCACCCCAAACCAAUGGAAGCCAGGGUCCCCAACCCCUCGGAGCCAAUGGAUCAACACGAGGGAAACGAGGUACAACACACUAUGGGAAGCCCCGCCUUGAAGGAUCUACAGUCACGCCUGAAAAGGCCAAUGAAAUCCGGGCCUCGCUGGAAGCCCCGCCUUCCACAGAUGUGUCGAAGUGUCAUCCCACAAUCCCUAGCUCCCAGGAGGAGGAGCCUCUCAACCUGUCCAAUCAGGAGAGGACUGAGAGAGAAGUCCCACCUAGAGAGGCUAACGGCAAGAUCCCAGACUGCAGGUUGCUGUGGGACUAUGUGUACCAGCUGUUGUCAGACCAGCGCUACCAGCCCUUCAUCCGCUGGGAGGACCAGGAGAGCCUGGUGUUCAGGGUGGUCGACCCCAACGGACUAGCUCGACUCUGGGGGAACCACAAGAACCGAGCCAACAUGACGUAUGAGAAGAUGUCUCGUGCUCUGAGACACUACUACAAACUCAACAUCAUCAAGAAAGAACCAGGACAGAAACUACUCUUCAGGUUCCUGAAGACCCCUCAGGAAAUCAAGCGACACAGAGUGGACCGCCUCGACUUAGCAGAUUCCCCUGAACACUCACCCUCACACUCACCCUCACACUCACCCCGGCGGGACUUCAGUGAGGAAGGUUUGGAGGUGUCCCCUGAAUACAGCGCCCCAAGCUCUAACACCCUAAGCAUGACGGUAUGAACACGGGUACUCCUGUGUUGAGGUAUUGGCUCUCUUGCACUGUGAAAUGGCUAUGUUUUUGUGGCAGUAAUCUACAACCCACUAUUACACUGUGGAAACUUUAUGGAGGUGCUGCGUAGCUAAUAACUAGCGUGUCCCCCCCCCCUUCCCCCCAAAAAACACUAUUCAUCAGGAAAGAUCAGAGCUGUCUGAUCACAAACGUUUACUACUAAUUUACUAAUAGUAGUUUACUAGUUUACUAAUCUGCAGCUUCAUGAAUUACAGCAUCACUUUAAAACUAUA